GUGGAAAGGAGGAGGGGGGAGGGUGCUCACAAGCCACCUCCUGGGCCUCUUUGUGGGAGACACAGAAAAAAAGGGGGGGCAUUGCCAGAUCCACUACCCAGACCCCAGCUACAAGCCAUCAGAGGGCCCACAGCAGCAGCAGCCAGCAGCAUACUGGCAUUUGCAGGCGCAGCCAUUGUUGAGAGAAUCUUGCAAACAAAGAGGAGAGGGGAGGGGAGAAAAAAAAAUCCUCCCUCCACCUCCCUGCCUUCCUGUUUCCAUUUGGCUGCCAUUAUCAUUAGUUUUUAGCUAGGCCUCAGCCUCCAGCACACAGUCCCUCACCUCCUCUCACAUAAAUUCCCAUUUAUUUUUUCUAUUCCCUGGGAUUGCUGGAGCACACAGUCAUGUUUUAGCCCCUGUGGUUUGAGUGCUUGCAGAUUUUUUUAUUUUUUAUUUUUUUUUGUAUACUUCCCUGGCUCCCUUGUUCUUUAAGGCUGUUCCUCAAAGUCAUUCAAACUGUACUCGCCAAAGGAGCCCCCCAACGGCAACGCCUUCCCCCCCUUCCACCCAGGCACAAUGCUGGAUCGAGAUGUGGGACCUACUCCGAUGUAUCCACCUACAUAUCUGGAACCGGGGAUAGGGAGGCACACACCGUAUGGGAACCAGACAGACUACAGAAUAUUCGAGCUGAACAAACGGCUUCAAAAUUGGACAGAGGAAUGUGACAAUCUUUGGUGGGAUGCGUUCACCACUGAAUUCUUUGAAGAUGAUGCCAUGCUGACUAUUACGUUUUGUUUGGAAGAUGGACCAAAACGAUACACCAUUGGACGGACACUGAUUCCCCGGUAUUUCCGCAGCAUUUUUGAGGGAGGGGCUACAGAGUUAUAUUAUGUUUUAAAGCAUCCCAAGGAGUCAUUCCACAAUAACUUUGUCUCCCUUGAUUGCGAUCAGUGCACAAUGGUCACACAGCAUGGAAAACCCAUGUUCACACAGGUUUGUGUGGAGGGAAGACUGUACCUGGAAUUCAUGUUUGAUGACAUGAUGAGGAUAAAAACGUGGCAUUUCAGCAUCCGGCAACAUCGAGAACUAAUUCCCAGGAGUAUCCUUGCCAUGCACGCCCAAGACCCACAAAUGUUGGACCAGCUGUCAAAGAACAUCACAAGAUGCGGGCUAUCAAAUUCCACACUCAACUACCUCCGACUGUGUGUAAUUUUAGAACCAAUGCAGGAGCUCAUGUCCAGACACAAGACGUACAGUUUAAGUCCUCGUGAUUGUCUCAAGACAUGCCUCUUCCAGAAAUGGCAGCGGAUGGUGGCACCACCAGCGGAACCUGCCAGACAGGCGCCCAAUAAGCGCAGGAAAAGAAAGAUGUCCGGUGGAAGCACCAUGAGCUCUGGAGGGGGCAACACGAAUAACAGUAACAGCAAAAAGAAAAGCCCUGCGAGUACCUUUGCCCUCUCCAGCCAGGUACCUGAUGUAAUGGUGGUGGGCGAACCAACCCUGAUGGGAGGAGAAUUCGGAGACGAAGACGAGCGACUCAUAACCCGCCUGGAGAACACACAGUUUGACGCUGCCAAUGGAAUUGAUGACGAGGACAGCUUCAAUAAUUCGCCCGCACUAGGCGCCAACAGCCCAUGGAACAGCAAGCCUCCUUCAAGUCAAGAAAGCAAAUCGGAGAACCCAACCUCACAGGCAUCACAGUAAA